UUUAGACAUGAACAAAAUAAAAAUAAAAAUAAAAUAACAACUAAUUAAGCCAAAGACUUUGGAGCAAAAAUACUAACUAUAAAGUCUUCCACUGUCCUCCUGCUCUUUGCAGCUCCCAUCAUUUCCAUUUUUUUUACUUAGUUCUUAGUUCCAGAGAGAAAAUUAACCAGAAAUAAUGGCACCGCUCCCAGAAAACAGUACUAUACAACAUUUCACACACCAAAAGCAUACAUUAACAUUUUUUGAUAACACCACCAAAUACUUAUGUGAUGGUUGCAAGAUUCAUGGCAUAGGGAAAAGAUAUCGCUGCCAUGGCUGCGAUUUUGACCUACAUGAACAUUGUGGAACAUGUCCAAUGAAUCUUUCUUCGUUCUUGCAUCCUGACCAUUCGCUCAAGCUUGUCGUCUGCAAGCAGCCACAUGGCAAUCGCCAAUUCGACCGCAUUUGCAAGGUUUGUCGUGAUUCUGUUGAAGGCCUAUAUUAUGGGUGUGAGCUUUGUGACUUCGAUGUCCACCCUCUCUGUACUCAGUUGCCUGAAACACUAUGUCAUGUCCUACAUCAGGCACAUCCUUUAAGGCUUAUGGGCUCGGCUGAACCAGGAACCUGUGCUGUUUGUAGAGGAGCAUGUGGUGCUUCUUCAUGGCGUUACAGGUGUGCACUAUGUGGAUUUGAUAUUCAUAUAGGUUGUGUUCUAAUACAAUGUGAAAAGAGAACGACGACGGACCGAGGAAUCCCUACAUACGUUCCUCCGUCCGUGUUCCCUCAGCAGCAGUAUUUCGGUUGUUAUGCUUAUGCGGUUCCGUAUUGGCACCCUGACUACAUGCCACGAUCACAACCACAGCAGCAGUAUUUGGGUGGUUAUGCUUAUGCGGUUCCGUGUUGGCACCCUAACAACAUGCCACAAUCACAACCACAGCAGCAGUAUUUCGGUGGUUAUGCUUAUGCGGUUCCGUAUUGGCACCCUAACUACAUGCCACAAUCACAACCACAGCAUCAGAACCAUGGGCAGCCUCAGACUCAUUAUGGUGGUGGAGGAAUUGGGAAAAUAAUGUUUGAUCUGGUGACAAGACUUUGGAAUUGGGGUAUUCUCUAACAUGAUAUUUGGGACGGACCUAUCAUCAUUGUUUGCUGCUUGAUUCGACUUUGCUUUCAGCUCAGUGGCGGAGCCAAAAUUUUCAUCAAUGGAAUUCAAAAUAUGAACGAGACAAAUAAGGAAAAACUGCAGGAUGAAAGAUAGAGCGGGACGGGGAAGGGAAAGACUAACCUUAACCCGCUAAAUUUGACCUGCCGUGUCAUGCCCUGUUUAGCAUUGCUUCCUUCUUUUACCCUGCUUUAUCGAGACUUCUUAAAAUUUCUUGUACUUCUUUUUUCUUUUACUUGUAGUGUUCUAUUUUAUUUUAAACUUUUUUUUUAUUCGGAAUUACUUUGAAAAUCGUCAAAAUUCUUUAAAAAGGUGUAAGGAAUGAGUUACUAAUAUUAUAUAUAAUACAUAUUCAAAAGCUAAAUAAAU